AACAAGAAUACAUUAUUGAGGUGGGUUCGGAUCUGUUCCAAAACAUUUGAGAGAGGCAGAAGAAGAAGAAGAAAAGAUGGUGGGACCAGUGAGACCUCAGUUUGUGCUCUUUGGUUCUUCCAUUGUUCAGCUCAGUUACUCUCUCCAAGGUUGGGGCGCUAUUCUUGCUCAUUUGUAUGCUCGCAAGGCGGAUAUAAUUCUGCGAGGAUACUCUGGUUGGAAUUCAAGGCGUGCUGUGCAAGUUCUGGAUGAAAUUUUCCCUAAGAACGCCACUGAGCAACCAGAUUUGGUAAUUGUGUACUUUGGUGGUAAUGAUUCUCUUCUUCCACAUCCAAGUGGUCUUGGUCAACAUGUACCUCUCCAAGAAUACAUUGAAAAUAUGAGAAAGAUUGGUACCCAUCUAAAGAGCCUUUCAAAGAAGACUCGCCUUAUAUUUCUCAGUGCUCCUCCUGUCAAUGAGGCACAAAUUUAUGGAACCAGUGUGCCACUGGGGCAGCGAUUAAGGAACAACGAAUCAUGUCAAAAAUAUUCAGAAGUAUGUUUGAAGCUGUGCCACGAGAUGAACAUCAAGGCAAUUGAUCUAUGGUCUGCACUCCAGAAAAGGGGUAACUGGAGAGAUGUUUGUUUCACGGAUGGAAUUCAUCUUACUUCUGAGGGGAGCAAUAUAGUGGCAAAAGAGAUCUUGAAGGUCAUCAAAGAAGCAGAGUGGGAACCUUGCCUGCACUGGAAUUCAAUGCCAACUGAAUAUGGAGAAGAUUCACCUUAUGAUCCUGUUGGCCCUGAUGGAAAGACAACUGUGAAUGUCUCCAACUGGACCUUCCUUGAAACUAAGGAAUGGGACUAGAGUGAUGUGUAUUUGAAAACUAUAGACAUGCCCCUAUUCAUAGAAGCCUAAGCAAUAAUCACAAAAUAACUGGAAUUUAUAUAGAACUGUGGCUAAAGAAAAAUAUAUUGUUCUUAGUUCACAUAUCUGCAUCAUUUGUCACUGGUUUUUCACCAUGUGAGUGGGAUGAUUUGGUGACUGUAAUUGCACUUUGAUUGAGCUAAUUGCCUAGUUAUUUUCACCAUUUUAUGGUUGUCUUUCACUAAGGUUAUACACAAUAGUUGGAUAGGUGGGGGCACAUUAUAGAAACAAAAGUCACAUGAUCAAUUGUGGGCCUGUAUCUGUGUAUGACAAUAUUUUUUCAUUUUGUGCAACUUGUGUAUGGCUUAUAUGCUUUGUAAAUGACAUUA